AUCAUCAAAAGUCAAUAGAUUUUUACCGAAUAAAGAUAUACAGUAGCCUACGAGUAACGAUUAUAAAAAUCAGAUUUAUAGGGGGCAAAACUAACUUUGCCUUACUUACAUUUUGGAAUAUUUUUCCAUCGAGCUGUUGUUGAAGCAAAACUGAACUAAAACUACCGCCAGGAUGCCCGAAGAUGUGAUGGUGGCCUCGGGGGAGUACAAGCUGGUCAAGCAGUCUCGCAGGGAUGAGGAGAAACGCCGCAAGAAGGAUCUGCCGUGGUCGAAGCGGAUAUUCGACAUAGACGAGCACAAGCUGUUUGGACGCACCGCCUGGGCCUGGACGAGGAUUACGCUCUUCUAUCUGCUCCUGUACUUCUUGAUUCUCGUCAUAGUGUGCUUUUGGCUUUGCAUAUUCCUACUGGUGAUCAUCGAGCCGAACCGGCCACGCUGGCUGAAGGGUCCGCCAGGACUGUCGAUGGCCCCAACCAACGCAUCCGUGCUCGCCUGGUACACGCACUUAGUGUCCAAUGUCUAUCCGAUCGCCGACAAAAUCGACGAGUUUCUGAACAAGCUGAACGACAAUGCCAUCGAUUUCUUCAGCGAGGCAAACAAGGACACGGUGUGGGGCUACGGUUCGAGGAAGCCCACCGUCUUCAUCAAGCUGAACAAGGUGAUUGGCUUCCAGCCGGAGACCUACGACACUCCGGACGACCUGCCCAAGGAGGUGCCCGCCGGUCUCGACGACACCGUGCAAAAGUACGCCGGCAGCCCGAAAAUCUGGAUGACUUGCGACACCUCCAAGGCCUUCGACACCGAGCUCGUCUUCUUUCCGGGACCCUUCUACGAGGCCUCCGAGAAGAUGACUGGUGUGCAGCGCGUGGUGGCCAUCCAGCUGAACAAUAUGCCACCAAAUAAGAAUAUAUUCGUCUGCUGCAAGGUCUGGGCCCGCAACAUUCCCAUCGACCAUAAGUUCCAGGGCAAGGGCCAAAUCAAGUUCGGUAUGCAAAUGCGCGUGGGGACCGCCAAGAAGGAGGCUAUCGAUCAGCUCCAUUCGACCACCACCGACGAUCCCAAAGUAGUUCCUGCUCUAGCAAACAAUCCUCCGCCACUAGAUAACCCCGAAGAUCGUCUCGGUGGAUUGGAUAUGCCUCUAUCCCCCGAGCUAGAGCCGUCCCCGAAUGAAAAGCUGCAGGAAAAACCUGAAGCUGAGCCCCUUACGGAGCCACCCAGCUAAAUUGAAUUUUAAUAUAUCCAUAACCAAACUGUUACUUGAAAAUAUUUUUGACUUCUUGAUUUAAAAAUUAAUAGGUAAACGAUAAUUUCUAUACCUAAACGAAUGAACUUUUAAAUUGUCAAAAUUAUAUACAAAUGUUAUACAUACACUAGAAAA